AAAUUAAAAAAAAGAAGAAAAGCCCAAUUCACCACACCCCCUUCCCUUUAGUCCCUUACCACGUUUCUCUCACCCCAUUUUCACGCCAAGGACUGGGGUAACGUGUCUCUCAUAUUCUUCCCUCUCCCCACCUCCUUCGCUCUGCAUGAUCAAUCGAAACCCAUAGAGCCACCAUCUCCUUUACCGUUUUAGUCUUGUUGGUAUCUGUUAUUUCCGUGAUUUCUCUCGUUUUUUGGCUUGAGGAGGCAUGGAGACUGGUGGCGAUGGCAAUGGCGAAGUUGGUUUGUUCUGGGAUGAGGAUUUGAGUGGGAUAAGCGGGUUGAAGAGGGGUGGAGAUUUCGUCGAGGUCAUGUGUGGGUGCACUUGUCCGAAAUAUGGGGACGCUAUUGGGAGGCUGAGGAUCUUAGCUCAUGGGGAUCUUGAGGUUAGCUGCGAGUGCACGCCGGGAUGCCAAGAGAGUAAACUCAGCCCAGCAGCUUUUGAAAAACAUGCUCGGAGGGAGGCUUCCAGGAAAUGGAAAAAUAAUGUUUGGGUCAUGGUUAGGGGAGAGAAGGUGCCAUUGUCAAAGACAGUGUUGCUAAAGUACUACAACAAAUACAAUGCCAAUGGGGCUCACAGAUCCCAUACUGGACGGCUUUGUCAUCGUGAUGAAUUUAUCCGAUGUACCAGCUGCAAAAAGGAGCGCAGAUUCCGACUCAGGAACAAAGAGGAAUGCCGUGUUUACCAUGAUGCUUUAAAAGAUCUCAACUGGAAAUGCUCAGAUAUGGCCUAUGACAGAAUCAGCUGUGAUCAUGAUGAAGAACGUGCAAGCCGAAAAGUGUACAGGGGAUGCUAUCGCUCCCCAACCUGUAGAGGUUGCACAUCUUGCGUCUGUUUUGGGUGUGAAAUCUGUCGAUUCUCUGAAUGCAGCUGCCAGACCUGCGUUGAUUUCACAUUGAAUGCAAAGGCUUGAUUUCCUGAUUAUUUUGGUACUUGUCUAUGUGACUCUGCUUCCGCAUCGCUUCCUUAUUUAUCUACAUCAUAGGUUCACAUUCACUUGGGUCAAUCCAAGUUGGUUACAAGAUCAUUUUUCAGGGUGUCAGUUUACAGAUAAAACUGUAAAUCUGGGUCAAUUCAUCUUGAUUAAAUGUUGAACUGUUCAAAUUGUAGCUGAUGCUAUUCCAUUAUACUUCAUUAAUAUUCUUUUGCAUGA